GGGCGGGGGCGGGCGUGGGACCCGGCGUGGCGGCGCGGUCCAGGGUCGGGUGCGGGCCUGGGGGUUGGACGAAGCGCCGGGUCUGGAGAGAACUAGGGAUGGGAGUGAGGGCCGGGCCCAUAAGGUAAAGGGGAGGCACUGGGCUCAGAAGGUGGGACGACAGGGACCUGGGACGAGCGGGGAGGCCCCGGAUGAAGAACGCGGCUGACGCUUAGAUCCUGCGGGAGACCACGCAGCCUAGAGCGGGGCGGGGGGCGCGGGCGGAGGCGGGCACCAUGAGGCGGGGCUAGGGGCCAGCCCGGGCGGAGCCGACGGUGGAGCUGGACUUGUGCGGGGCCGAGGUUGGACUUGUGCGAGGCGGAGUCCUGUAGGAGAACUGGGCCGAGAGCGAUGUGGGUCAGGACGACGCUAAGGAUUGAAAGGUGGACGAAGGAAAAGACCGGGUGCAAGGCCGACGACUGGGAGGAGAGCGAGAGCGGCGAUAUAAACAGGUUACCCAGCUGGGAGAGAGGACGUCCGCUGGCUGGUGUGGCAUCCAGCACUGAUGCGUCCAUCUUCUCAUCUGAAGGUGAGUGCAAGGAGACGGACACGUGCUGCUGCAAACACAAGCAGUGCACGGCGCACAUCAUCCACCCCUUCUCUGAGUACGGCCACUGCAACCUGCACCUGCACACCAUCAGCCACUGUGACUGUGAUUCCAGGGUGAAGGACGGCUCAGAAAAGGCCAACAGCAGCAGUAGCAGCAGCUCCCGAGACCCAGGCCCAGCCUGUUCCCGCAGCUCGGGCUCGGGCUCGGGCCCGGGUCCAGGCUUGGGUUCGGGCUCUACCUGCUGUAACAUCAUCCAGACCCCUUGCUUUGAGCUCAUCCCAGAGGAGGCGAGUGUGGAGAGGAUCUGGUAUGGCUGGUGCAAAAGCUACAGGCCUGUGUCUGUGGCAGUGAUCCACCACCCCAUACACCAUGAGUGUGCAGCAGAUGAUCUAAAUGGAGAGGAAGAGGAGGAGGAGGAAGAAAGCAAGCCCCCCAUCCCAACCCAGGUGGGGCCCACCACCACCACGCCCACUGACACGUGCACUGUCACAGUCACCAGUGCCCCGGACACGCCAGCACCCAUCACCAUCUGGCGGUCAGACAGCCCGGCCGGGAAGAGCCUGGGAGGCAAGGUAAUCAAGAAGGUAAAGAAGAAGAAAGACAAGGAGGAGGAGACGAUGGACGAGAAGACGAAGUUGAAGAAAAAACCCAAGAAAGGCAAGCUGACUAAGAAGAAAAGCCCAGUGAAGUCGGAGUCUUCGCCUCCAGAUCUGACGCGAUCUUUAAGCCCAAGAGAAUUGGCCAGGAUGUCAGAGUCCAGCCCAGAGAGCCGGGAAGACCUGGAGAGUGAGGACAGUUACAACGACCGGGGCCAGGGUGAGCCCUCCAGUGAGGACGUGCUGGAGUCGUCAUCACCUAAGAAGAAAGAGAAGAACGGCGCCCAGACCAGGAAGACCGGGGUGAAGACCACACAAGCCAGGAAGGUGACCAAAAGGAAAUCCCCCCCUGUGUCCAACCCCAAUCUUAGCUGAAGUCAGCGCAACCAGGGUGACGAAUAAAUGCCGUCAAGCCUGUA